UUUUUUUUUUUGCCACAAAAGUAGAAGGAAGGAAGGACGUGAGCUCCAGGCAGGCCAAGUUUACAGAGCUCCACCACCAAUCCUCUGACACUCUCUCUCUCUCUCUCUCUCUCUCUCACACACGCACACACACGUUUCUGCUCGAGGUUCCUCGUGACCACUCCAGGAUGCCUCUCGGCGGUGGAAACAAGUGCGGCUGCUGUCAGAAGACCGUCUACUUCGCGGAGGAAGUUCAAUGCGAUGGGCGGAGUUUCCAUAAAUCAUGCUUCCUCUGUAUGGUGUGCCGGAAGAACCUUGACAGCACUACUCUGGCUACCCAUGAAAACGAGGUCUACUGCAAGUCCUGCUACGGCAAGAAGUACGGCCCGAAAGGCUACGGCUAUGGCGCAGGUGCCGGGAUACUGAACAUGGACAGAGGAGAGUCUCUGGGAAUCAAGCCCACAGAUGAAAAGCCACAGCAGUCCACCAACACCCAGAACACCUCCAAGUUCGCCCAGAGGUUCGGAGGCUCUGACGUGUGCCCUCGCUGUGGCAAAGCUGUGUACGCAGCAGAGAAGACCAUUGGAGCAGGAGCGUCCUGGCAUAAGAGCUGUUUCCGCUGUGCUAAAUGUGGAAAGGGCCUCGAAUCCACCACCAUGACGGACAAAGAUGGAGAGAUCUAUUGCAAAGCUUGCUAUGCUAAAAGCUUUGGUCCAAAAGGGUUCGGAUACGGCCAGGGAGCUGGAGCUCUCGCUCACGCUCAGUAGAUCGUCGUGAUCAGAACCUUCACGCUUCAUCCACCUGAUUUCACUAAGCGGAAGCUUUCCACUGCAUGUGCUAAUAUUUACACGAGCUUUGUUUACAGAUUAUAAAUUGCUAGUAUCCUCAGCGCUGGUGUUAAAUAUAGCUCGUAGGCUGCAGCACACAUUAAGAAUAGCUAGCUAGCUUCAUAAGUCAGACGUUAAACUUCUCAUAGCUGCAAUAAACACAUAUAAUACACAAUCACACACAUUUUUAUAUCCAUAAUGACUCAUGAAAGUGUUUAAUAGGAUUCUGCAUUUUUAUACUCAUUAUUUUUUUCCAAUAAACAAAAUAAAGUCUUUUAUUUCACUCA